GACUCCCCAACCGACCAUUAAUUCUCUUAUCAAAUAUCACUCGUCUCAGCCCAUUGGUCAACAAAUACAAAUACAAGUACAAAUCUCUUCUCCAAUCUUCACAGUGCUCCUCAAAUUCCACUCACUUUUCUUCUCAAAUUCUCUCUCUUUUCCCUCACAGACAUUUUCUCGAACACUUUGUCAACAGUAAUCAAUGUUCACCAUUGCCGAUAUCGAAAACCAGAUGUUUCAGUUCCCUUCUAAUAAGACACUGACUGAAAUCGAGAAAAGAUGGAAACCCAGUAUCGAAAUCGCUCCCAACUGCCCUCGCUGUGCUUCUUCCAACACCAAAUUCUGCUACUACAACAACUACAGUCUCUCUCAGCCUCGAUACUUCUGUAAAGGCUGCCGACGUUACUGGACCAAAGGUGGGUCCUUAAGAAACGUCCCCGUUGGCGGUGGUUACCGGAAAAAUCAUCGGUCUAGGUCCUGUAAGGUUCCGGGAAGGGGUCGUUCUUCGCUGAGUACUUAUUCUCCAGACUCAACCGAGCUCUCUGAGAGCUCUAAUGGCGACUCGGGUUCGGGCUCUCAAUCCGGUUCGGACAUCGACUUGGCAGCCGUGUUCGCCAACUUCUUGAACCAAAAUCCGAACCAACCGGAGCCGAGUUCAAAUAGAGCAAUCGUUUCAGGCAUUUCAUCAAACAUCUGCAAUGCACUAAAAGACGGAUCAGUCAUCGAAUCCCAGAGUCAACACUGCCUUGUUCUUGAAGAAACCGAACUAGCCCAAGAGUUAUUAGCUCCUUCCCAAGAAGAGAAAAUGGCAGAAGUAAAUCUGGGGAGUGAAAUGAAUGAUUUCGGGUUUCAAAAUUUGCUAGGAAACGAUGACGAUGAUCAAGUCGGACAAGACUUGUUUUGGUCCGAUUCUACAGCCACAGCGGCGGCGGCGGCGGUGGAGAUCACGCCAAGCUUUACGUGGCAGCAGGCAACGGUGGCGCAUAAUUUUCAAGAACUGGAAAGCUUUCCAUCAACAAAUCUAGUAAAUGAUAUAUGGAACUCUUUUGAUUUUUCUGGGCUUGAGAUUUUCUCAAGAUCUUAGUAUUAUGGCAUCCACCAUCUCUGCUAUAUAUAUUUUACAUUUUUGUAAUUUUACAUAAUCAAUUAGUUUCCAUGACAUAAAGAAAGAAACAAAAGAAAAUGUCAUCAUGGUAUAUAAUUUACAAUGAUAUAAUUAUACAAUAAUAUCAUUUUUCA